CGCCCCGAAAAAUCGGGCAGUCAACAAGUCUGGGGCGCCACACUGCAAUCGAUACGCGUCCCCGUCUCGCUUUCCCCGUUUCAGGCCAGAUGUCGCCGUCGGCUUUCAUGUGUUUCAGUUCCUGAUCCUGCCCCGCCAUUACGGCAGUGCGUUCCCGUUGCCAGUGAGUAUUUUAUCAUCAUCCCCCCAUCGCCCACGCAUAUUGUGUCUCUGCAUAACUCAAUGUGGUGAACCCCUAAAAUGGCCUAUUUCUCGUUUUUUGUAUUCUCUUCUCUACUGGUAUUAACUUUAGCCAAAGACUUCAACACAACUAGAUAUGAUGCAAGAGAAACGACAGAGCCUUCCAGACUCACCACCGACUACCAGAACCAGGAGACCGCCCUCAGACGCGCCCUGUCAUGGCUGACGACGCAACGCGAGGGCAACUGGGGCUGGCGGAACGACACCCCCAAAGUGCUGACCGCCCUUCAGCUCGUCGACCGCGAGGAAGCCGCCUCCAUCUUGCCCUCCUACUUGGAAAUCCAACUGUCCACCAAACAGAUGGAGGUUGAAAUCGUCGUGAUGCUCUGGAGGCACCACGAAGUACCCAUAACACCCCCGCAACUAGCCGAGUACUGUCUGGCGUUGAGCUCCCUGUGCUACGACCCCAGACAGUUCCACGGCCACGACCUGAUCGCCACGCUGCAGCACCACGAGGCGGUGCACGACCUGGAGUUCGCCUACGCCACCCUGAGCGCGUGCAGCGCCCGGGCGCACGUCAGGAAGAAGCAGAUCAGGCGGCUGCUGGACAUCGCGAACACCGCCAAAGAUCACAACAUCGACACAGUCGCGAUGACCAUACUGGCGCUGAGAUGCAUCGUCAAGGAUCACAGGCACAGGAACCUGCAGCACUCGUUGAGGAGGCCCAGCAUCAGCUUGGCCAGGCAGCAGCAGCCGGACGGAGGGUUCGGCAACGUUUACAACACCGCCCUCACCAUCCAGGCUCUAAAAGACGUCAACGAGGCUUCGAACCACUGGAAUGUAAGCGCCGCCAAGUCCUACAUCGAACAACGUCAGGACCCCGACGGCGCCUUCACCGAUCCGGGCCUCACCGCCGACGUCAUCCUGGCCCUCACCGACCGAGGCCUGGGCUCCAUCCGCAACCUGGACUGCGGCAAGCUGGACAGCGACAUCGAGAACCACGUGGACAUCGACGGUUCGAGGAAGUCGAGCUCCAACCACGGCAACGACUCGGAAAUCAGGAACGUGACCGUCACCUAUACGCUGUGGUUCGGCACCAACGUGACGGAGAACACCUCGAUCAGCAUAACGGCGCCGAGGAACACGUCGUUCUACAACGUGAUGCAGCUGGCGAUGGAUCUGGACCCGAGGUUCGCCUUCGAGGCCAGCGAAUGGCCGAACGGCCACUACGUGCACACGUUGGCCGGCUACAAGGAGGAGCCCAUGGGGUAUCACUACUGGUUGCUCUACAGAUUGCCCGAGUUUCCCGACCCUUUGGCACCGCCAGCCAAUCAACUGGUGGCACCAGUUGGUGUUGAUGACCUGCUGAUCGAGGAGGGUGACCACUACUUGUUCUGGUACAAAAAGUUGUAAGGCACAAACGGCGGAGUGGCAUCAGAAAGCAAUUUCAGGCCCCAAGGACACGUUGAGUUUUUAAAGUGUCCUUGGGGCAACCAACAAAUUCCCGAUUUAAAAUGCUUGACAUUCUAAUAAUCAAGAAAAUAAAACUCUUUGGUUCACUAUCGUAUUAGGUAAACUAUCGUUGAGUUAUUUAUUGGAUGUUUAGAUUUAAAAAAAAAAUGGAAACUAUGUAACUGUUUUUCUAAUCAUGUAAGGAAAGUAUAUAUAUUCAUGUUUUGUGUUAAUUUUGGAUGUGAUUUUUGUGAAGAAGCUUUGUGUAUAAAAUUUAGGUUUAAUGAUGAAAUGCUUGAUGCAUAUUUGAUUUUAGACGAUUUUACUUCAAGAGCUUGUUUCCUGCAAACUUAUUAUAUAGCCCCCCUAUUUAUAUUAUACAUAUAUAUAGAAAAUCAUAUAUUUACAAAAAAAAAUUAACAAAAAGUAUAUAUUAUAUAAAAGUUAGUAUAUGAAUUUUUUAAUGAGAAACACGUGUUAAAAAUUUUUUGCUGCCUUCGACACUGUUUUUAGUUUAGAUAACGUAUACUGGAUACAAAAAAUCAAGUACAUAAUGUGCAGGGUAUGUACAAUUCCUAUCUAAAAUACCCUCCCCCGAAACUGUUCCAUAAAAUCAUACCUCACACGUUGCAAAAGCAAUCAGAGAGAUAAAAUCUUUGACAAGUCCACUCGAUUUUGUUCGUUGACUGAUUGAAAUCGUGUGGACUUGUGGAGUUGUGCUGGUUAAAAUGAUUUUUUAAUACCGCAUUUGUAGAGGUGACAAUACAGGCCAGAUGAUACACAUUUUUGUGAAAAAAAAAUAAAACGUUUUUUACAUGUAGCUUUAGACCAUUAGUUGAAAACUGUUAUGAAAUGCAAAGAGAUUGUUGAAAAUUGAUUAUUUUGUUACAUGAAUUUGGCUUAAAAGAUAAUAAACCAUUCAAACUGGA